UUCACAAUAUUUGAAUCCUCCUUGUGUUCAUAAACAAACAACUCUUCCCUUUUCCUCUCUAUCCCACCACUUGUGUUUCACACCAAACAACUCUUCUUCUUUUUUUCUCAUCUUCCUAUUUGAGCAUAAAAAUCUAUUUGUAGGCAAUACAUAGAGCCGAAUAGGCACUUUACUUGCACCGAAUUUUAAAGCCAACCCUGAAUUCCCGUUUUUUCGAGAUAAAAAUUGGUAUCAUGAAUAUGUCAACUUCAGAACUAAGCCUUGAAUGCAAACCCCAUCAAAGUUACUCUAUGCUUCUAAAAUCAUUUGGGGAGAAAAUUGAUCAAACACAAAAUCUUGAAGAAUUCUUAGCUCGUCUUGAAGAAGAAAGAGUCAAAAUUGAUGCAUUCAAGCGUGAACUUCCCCUUUGCAUGCAACUCUUAACCAAUGCUAUGGAAGCUUCAAGGCAUCAACUCCAAUCCCAUAGGGCAAAUAAUGAGUCACACAGACCAGUUCUUGAAGAAUUCAUUCCACUUAAGAAUAUUAAUUCAAGUGGUGAAUUAGGAGCAGAAAAAUUAGUAGAAAAUAACACAGUUGCUGUUGAUAAUAAGGCAAAUUGGAUGACUUCUGCACAAUUAUGGAGUCCAGCAAGUGAUCAAGAAACAAAGCAAGUACAAAUAUCCACUAGUUUAACAUCUUUUAACAAAGAAAAUGAUAAUAUGGGCUUUUCUGUUGGUCCAAAGUUAGCCUUGGACAACAAUUCUUCAUGUCCAAGCCCAACACUAGCACUUGCUUCAUCUAACAAACAGAAUAAUGAGAUGUUAGUGGAGGAUCAUAGCAAGAAUUUGGAAGCAAUGAAUAUUAAUAAUGGAAGUUGUAUGAAUAUUCAGCAAGAUUCUCAAAGCAUUAUCAACGGAGGUGGAAACAACAGUACAAGUACAAGUACUCAACAACCACAUAGAAAGGCAAGAAGAUGUUGGUCCCCUGAUUUGCAUAGGCGUUUUGUUAAUGCUCUUCAAAUGCUAGGUGGCUCUCAAGUGGCCACACCAAAACAAAUCAGAGAGUUGAUGAAGGUUGAUGGAUUGACCAAUGAUGAAGUUAAAAGCCAUUUGCAGAAAUAUAGACUUCACACCCGAAGACCAAGUCCAAGCCCACAAGCAACAACAGCACCACCCCACUUGGUGGUUUUAGGUGGCAUAUGGGUCCCACCAGAGUACGCGGCCGCAGCCGCACACGGUGGUGCACCACCUGCAGCCACCUUUUAUGGUCCACAUUCAACUAGCCAUGCACCAUCACCACACUAUAUUGCGGCCCCACAAGCCGUGACACCAGAGUUCUACAGUACACCACAACCAUUACAAUCGCUCCACCACCUCCAGCAUCACCAACAAUUGUACCAUCACGGCAGCCACAUGUACAAGCCACCCUCAAAAUCACAUUCUCAUGGCUCGCCCGAAUCUGACGCUCGAGGAACCGGUCAUAACGGUGACCGAUCAUCGGAGAGUAUCGUAGAUGGAAAGUCAGAGAGUUGUAGUAGUGAAAAUGGUGGAGAGAGAAAGGUUGUGGUACAAAAAUUUUAGAAAGUUUAUGCGAUUUUACUUAGUUUAGCGCUAAUUUAUUAAGAUUAACUUAGUUAAAUAAUUAGAAGGUUCUUGUUGUUGAAGGGAUAAAAAAAAUUGCUUCCUUUUUUAUAGUACGACUCAAAGGAAGGGUAAAAAGGAAAUAAUGAAAAAAGGUAGUGUUUGUUUUGUUUGAGAUUCCAUAUUUUCAUUGUAUGCUUCGAUACCCUCAUUGGAUAAAGUUUGAAAAAAUCAGAUUUAUUUGGUUUU